CUCGAGAUAUCGAGGGGAACCGCGCACGCGUUUUGGCUGUACGAACAGUGGUCUUUGCCUCCACAUUGAUACUCUUUAUAAAUUAAAAAUAAUAAACGUCAAACCACCCCGCGAAUUGUUGAUUUCGAAAAUGGAAUGUGAUGAAUUCGGCGCGAAUAAAACAUGGCGGGCAUCCUGCGGCUGAUUUUUCAUAGAUCUGUGAGACGUAUUGACUUUUCGUGUUUUGUUUAGUGAUAAUUUUGUGAUAGCGAGUGAUGGCAAGUGGAUAUGGGUGUGAUAAUGGCCAUUUACGACAUUGGAUUGCAAUUUGUUUCGGAUUUUGUGAAAGGAAACCGAGCGGCCCCGCUACCAACAAAAACAUCUAAAAAGGAAAACUCUCACAUAAAAUCCAAUGGAAGAGAAUAAAUCGGAGAAAAAAUACACAAAACCAACUCACAUUCCCAACCAUCAUGCCUCAUUACACAAAAUAAAGUGGAAUGAAGUGAUGCGUUUACAUAAAAAGUGAAAAGUUAAAUCAUAUUAAAUAAUAAAUAGUCUUAAUUGUAAAAGUGAAUUGUCAAAUAGAAAGUGAAAGUGAAAUGUAAGUGAACAUUUUGGUGAUGGAUGGAUAAAGGAUGUCGUGAUGGGGUGUGGCCAGAGCAAAAUAAAUCUUUACCCGAGGAAGAACAAAAAUGGCGGCAAAGGGAAUGGUGCCAAAAAGUCAGGCGCGGCAGAUAAGGAAACGGAUGAAGAAGAGGGCAGCGCUGGGGCAGGGCCUGCGGACGAGACAGAGGAGGACUCCGAACGAGGCCGGCACAUCCUGCCGCUCGCCGCACACCCUCCCACCAUUGAGGUGUCGGCGAGCAUGCAAGACUUCUUUAAAAUGUUGGAUGAGAAGAUUGAGCAGGGCAAAGACUACGAUUCUUCAAGCGAGACUGAAAUACAAUUAGAAAGGGAGCGACGGAAGAUAUUAAUUGAUGAAUGGCGAUCUGCUUCGCAAUCAACUCAUUCGUCACAGUCUCAACCAAGUCCUCCUACGCCAGCAAGGAGACGAAUGCCGAGGCCCCAACUUUCGGAGUGUCAAGGCAGUCCAGGCGCAGUCCGAAGGUGCUAUAGGCAACAACACGUACCAGAAGGCAUGUCACCGCCCGCGCCAAGGAGGUCACACAGUGCUCAAUCACACCAUCCACCAGACCUAAGACCCGUUAACGGUGACACUUGGCACGAGCCAACGAAAUCUCCAGUUAAAAGGCCACAAAGCGCUGGCGCAAAUUGGAAAGGCAAUCCAAAAGUUGCGCCCUAUAAUCAAAAACCAAAGAAAAAUGAAGUUAACGAAAACCAAAGAACAAUUCAAAAAGAAUCAGAUACGGCAACGUCUCAACCAACUAAUGCUAGUCAAGAUGUAUCUCAAAUAACGUACAACCCUACAUUCCAAACCCACAGCCCUGCUCACUCAGCCAAAUCGCAGCAGCCUUACAUCGCGCAAAUUAUAAGCUAUCCAGCGUCUCAAGUCAGACAAGUGACCCCUCCAUCUCCACCGAAAUACAUAGCUCCGCCAGAAGAGUAUCAGGACCCUCAAAAUAAUGUAGACAAUAAGUACAACGCUAAUCAGAGGCAAGCACAAAAUCAGACACCACAACCAAAUCAACAGUCUCAUAUUUAUUAUAUUCAUGGAAAUGCAACAGCAAAUGUCUCAAAUCAGCAGGAUUUAGUCCAACAACGACAGCAGACAGCUCUACAUCUGCAGCAAUACGUAGCAAUGAAACAAGCACAACAACAGAUGUUUACAUAUCUUCAAAGAGGUCCACAUACCGUAUUUCCAAACGUAGACUAUGCGCAGGUACCCAGUCCGAGGAUAUAUGAAGGAGAAGAGUUUAACCCUCAAUAUGGCCAUCCAGCACUGAGACCGCAUAGCGCGCCGCCACCCGUCGGUGUGGUCAGACCUAUGCCCAUCACUCCUAGUUUUAGUCCAUUGCCAGACGGGUCACAUGUGGUUCAAAUGCCAAUGUGGCCGCAUGGCAUGGCCCCAGUCGUGUCCACGAUGGGUCCGUGGAUGCCCGGUCAUGGGCACGAGUUGCAAUACUACCCGCAGUCCCAAUUCAUGCAUAUGUACAGAGCGACUUCUGCCGGUUCCGCUGGUACUCUAACAAGGUACCAUAAGAAGGAAGCGAGCGAGGGUGAUGUGAAAAACGUGUGCCAAAGUAUAAAUUUAGUUCGGCAGAAGCAAGUCGGCCAAAUUGUGUCAAUACCUGGACAGGAACUGACUGUCUGCAAUAACAUGAGUGACAGUCCAAGCCCAGCGUCCGUGAGCUCUGAUAGCGGAGUUUCUCCAGGAAACAGCGUCCCCAGUUCUAAGGCGUCCGUCUUCAGUCAACCGCCAGUGCCUACGGACACAUUCAAUACAGACAACAAGACUAAGAAAAUGAAACCUGCACCAUACUCGCGAUCUCUGAAAAACUCUAAAAGUCUAGAUUCUUAGUGAAACUUUGUAAUUAUGUAGAUUUUCUAAGUGUACGUAGGUUCUAGUCGGAUUAUGUAAAUUAUAGGGAAAUUAGUUUCAUCAGCUUUUCAUUGUUCGAGCAUUUAUCUGUCGAUGUUAAAGUACUCGUAUGUCGAUGUUGUCGUAUGACUGUAAUAGUCCGGGAUUCGUAGAGCAUUUUUUGCAACUGAUUACUAUCAAGUUAAUUUUUCGUGAGUACCAAAAGUUGCUACUAACAUCUGGUUAUUAACAACUUUUAGUUAACUGCCCCCUCCUCCCAACUUGUAUCAAUAACGAUUAAAAGUUAUUAAAAGUUGUAACUAACCAGCUGUUUCUUUUACUGUUGCUUAAUAAUAGUUAUACAACUCAACAGUCACAUUGUCCUAAAUUGCGUGGUAUAGUAUCUGUACGAUCAGUUUCUUCUUCAGAUCAGUUUCUGAUGAUCAGAAAUUUUUAAUUUCCUGAUAACUCAGCUACCAGAAUCAAGAAUUUUCGUAAAUUAAAAGUUGAUCGUCUCAUCGAGAUGAAGCUACUCACGAUUACGUUCGGGUUCGCACGUUAAUUCUACGGAUCCCUGACUAUAAUUAUGAACUCAAUGUCAUCGUUUCUCGAACUUUUUCUGUGAUGUUCAUUUCGAUUGUAAUUAUUUCCAUUGUAAAACUAAUUUAGGAGAUUAUAAGGAGUUGUUUAGCACUGUGCCUUGCGGUCGUACGUUGUGAAGCCCAUUUUUGUUUGCUUUUAAGAAAUUAUUGUAAACGGUUAAUAUUUGACUGCGUUAAUUUAGUUAAGAAACGGGUACCUACCUAUUAUUGUAUUAUUUAUUUAUUAACAAAAAAAAAUUAAAAUAAACUUAUUCUAAAUGUAUGUUUAGGAAAAGACAUGUAAAUGGUACCUCCACGUGCCGAACGAUGCAUUUUAAACUAUCCUUUAAAUAUAAUGAUUAA